UCAGACGCCGAACAUGGCCGAAGAAGGCGAAGAAGAGCCCCUCCCGCCGUGCGUGUGGGAGGGCGAGCUCGACGAGGGGUAUCCGCCCGCGCCGCCCGAACCCGAACCCGAACCCGAACCCCCCGCGGAGGGCGAAGAACCCGCGGAGCCCGCGGAGCCCGCGGAGCCGCCGGAACCGGAGACGUACACGACGUCGCUGCGUCAGGGCAAAGGGAAGUACGUCUUCGCGGAUGACAAGGGGUCGUACGAGGGAGAAUACGUCGACGGGAAGAGAUCCGGCGUCGGCGCGCUGAUCCUCCCGGACGGCUCCAAGUACGAGGGCGCGUUCGAGGACGACGUCAUCCAAGGCGAGGGCAAGUACACUUACCCGAGCGGGGACGUCUACCAGGGCGCGUUCACGAACGGGAAGAAGGACGGCGUCGGGAGCUACUUUUUCAAGGCAUCCGCGAGCACGUUCAUGGGAACGUGGGAGAAGGGGGCCUUCGUCGAGGGCGAGUGGGUGCUGCGCGACGGGAGCACGUACAAGGGGCCGUUCAAGGACGGGAAACCGAUCGGCGAGGGCGCGUACACGUGGGCGAAGACCGGGAACGUGCAGAUCGGGACGUGGAACGAGGACGGGUCGUUCAACGGCGGCGUCGUCGAGACCGUCGCCGCGUGAUGAGUCGACGCGACUCGACGCGACUCGACUCGACUCGAAUCGACGCGACUCGACUCGACUCGAAUCGACGCGACUCGACGCGACUCGACUCGACUCGAUUCGACUCGAUUCGACUCGAUUCGAUCCCGCGCGCGCGGUGAACGUCGUGCCUCGAGGACGCGGCGUCGAGAAUAACGUCGUUUAAGCCUAAUUAAGAUGCCUACUAC